UCUGGCGGAAAAAUAUCAUACGUAUUUUGAAAUACUGCAGUUGCUAAUAUCACUCAAGUGUUGUUUUUUUUAAAUUUUCGUUUUUAAAUAUUUAUUUUUUCUACAAUAACAACAUAACUUCAUACGCACGCUUGCGUUUACAUACAUACAUACAUACAUAAUUCCAUUUAUCAUUGCACCUCUGGCCGUUUUGCAUUUUUUAAAAUUUAAUUUUCAUGUGUUUUUACGAUUUCUGAGUGCUAUUGUUUGCCUAGUGAUAUCAAUUGGAAGCAAUGGUUCCUCGUCCUAUAACUUCCGGCAGCCGCCAGGCACCAGAUCCGUACGAUCAAUUUUUGGAGAGUAACAACUUCUAUCGCAAGCACACGGCUCGAGAUGCCUCCAGUCUGUUUCGGAUUAUUGCAGAACAAAUGUAUGAUACCCAAAUGCUGCACUACGAGGUUCGUCUGGAGUGUGUGCGCUUUAUGACCCAAAAACGACGAAUUUUCGAACAGCAUGUGGUAGGCGACUAUGACAGUUAUAUGCUGGAUAUGGCUAAACCGAAGACCUAUGGGACUAUGUUGGAGUUACGCGCUAUGUGCUGCAUGUAUCGUCGCAAUGUCGUACUCUUUGAGCCCUUCAAUCUGGGUACUGUGGUCACCUUUAAUAAACACUACAUUGACAACUUCCGCGUUUUCUUUGCUCACGAAAACCAUUUCGAUUCGGUCUAUCCUUUGAAGUAUAUUGAGUCUGCGGCUAUUUGUCAGGCCAUUUCAUUCAAGUUGCUUUACAAGAUGUUCUUCAAGUUGCCAGACGUUAGCUUUGCUAUCGAGACAAUGCUGCAUCCGCAGACCUUCAAUCUUGGUUCGUACGAAAUGGAAUACAAUAGUGCCGGCUAUAUCGUUCGCGUCAAGUGCAAGGAUGGACGCAGUUUCAAGCUGGAUCUUCCAGAGGAAACAAAGUGCAUAUUAGAGAACUAUAAGUUGUGCAAUUUUCACAACAGGAUUCACUACCACGCCAAGAUAUUGCAGCAAAGUACAGUGAGUUUGGCGAAACGACGUGAUUUAAAAAAUGGCACAGAUAUACAGACAUCGUUUGCCUCCAAUGAGCAACUGCAAAUGUGUCCAAAUAAAAUGAUAUCGUGUGUGCGCCAGCUUUUAGAUGAUGGUAUAACACCAUUCCCCUACAAGGUGGCCAAAUCUCUGGAUUCGCAUAUGUAUCGCAAUAUUGAGUUUGAUUGCUGGAAUGAUAUGCGUAAGGAGGCAAAACGAUACAAUAUGUAUGCUGGCGAUUACAACUUUAAGGUCACAUACCAAUCGCUUCAUCCGGUUCCGCCACAUGAGUUCCGACCCUGGUCGUUGCCACAGCGUUAUCAACGUAAGAGCAAUAAUAUAACAAGAUUUGUACACAGAUCGAAAAUGUAUAAAUGGAAGAAGACAGCCAAAAUGUUCGAGGUGGCCCCAUAUUUCGAACCGGGGAAGUGCGAGUCAAUGGUGGAAUAUAGUGGCUAUGAGCUACAACCCAUGGAUUGUUUCAGAUAUCAGCUGAUCUUAAAUUCUCAGCAGCAGCCGUUCAAAACCAAACAGGGCAGCAAUAUUACUGAAAUCCAUGACGGUCCAAGCACUAGCAACAAUAGCAACAGCAACAGUAUGGACGAGGAGAACAUAAACAAGGAUUCAACUCGGAGUGGCCAAACGGAUCAGCAAAUGCGUCAUAUUGACAAUCCAAUGGAGCGUUCACGUCAACCUCGAUUUUGUGCGCUUCAGCAACAGCAGCAUCAGCAUCUACAGCAGCAACACAUUGCCAGCACAUGUGAGAAUACUGGGAUCUCUGGCGCCACCGGAAGAGCUGUAGGUUUAUCUUCGGCACCUCCGCUGGCGGCUAAUUAUUCCAGCUAUGUGUCGAUACGUUCUGGACCAUUGCCAUUGCCUCUGCCACAUCCGCCACCAGCAACAGGAGCAGCAGCCGUUGCCAAUGGCACAGGCUCGUGGCAUUUGGGACCCAUCGCCCCAAUGGGCAUGACCGAUGAGUUUCACAAUGUCUUUUCACAGCCGCAGCCAGCUCAAGCAAAUGCCGGCUGUGUAUACAUGCCAUAUGGUUACCCUUCGCCACAGCCACCGCCCGGAUCAAUGGGUGGCAUAGGACCGCUCGGACCGCUGGGACCUCCACCACCGCAGCCUGCACCUUUUGUGCCGCUAUCUCCAAUUCUCGGUCCACCUGUACCGCCACCACCAGCAACAGCAUACGGUGGCGUUAUGACACGAGUUUUAACAACGCCAACGCCAUCUUAUUUGUCAGCAUCCUCCAGUCCCAGACGAUCAGAGGAUCAGGAAUCGGCUGUUCAGAAUGCUGGAGCAAUGCAGCCGGCAUCACUAGCCGAUAAUCGUGAAUGCAGUGUCGAGCCGCGACCCUCGUUACGUCCCAAUGGCGAUGAUUUGCCUGUAGAUGUAGGUACCUUACGUUACUUCUACAAUAUGGGUGUGGACAUGCACAAACGUAUGACACAUCGCGAGCGCCUUACGGACACGGCGGAGAAUGUCCAGACAUCCUGGAAUGGAUCUCAAAUAUAUGGACCCCCCCAUUUGCGUGCGAUAAACAAGCCAGAAGAAUUGAACUUCAAUGGACCGCACAAUUGUGAAUAUGAAUGCCAGCAAAACGGAGGUGGAAGUCCAUCAGAAUCGUCACACCACUACAAUAACACGGACCAAUGCGCAGCAAACAUAACAGCCAACAAAAUGGGAGGAGGAGGAGGAGCUGGCAAGCAUGUAGAAGCUGUUGAUGAGGUGGUUACAGCCACACCACCACCAUCACCGGACGGCUCGAAUGCUGAACAAGAAGUGGACAGCAAGACAGCUGUUCACUAUAAUUCAAGUAGCAAGCGCCCGUAUAACAAGCCGCGCGACAAACGAAACAAGUUCACCAUCGAUGUUAAGGAUGCGAACUUGAAUCGUGCCGUGGCGUUGCUCCCCACGCCAACACCAUCGCCCAGCACUAAUGGUAAGCACUUUAACUAUUACACAACGCCGCCGCCGCCAUCACCACAACAGCAGCAGCAACAACAACAGCAGCAGCAACAACAACAGCAGCAGCAACAACAGCAGCAGCAGCAACAACAACAACAGCAGCAUCAACAGCAUUCCAUGUACUUUACACGUAAGGGCGCCGGAGGAGUACAGCCACCACAUGCAUGGAACAUGGCGCCGAACAUGAUUGGACGACCCUAUGAAAUGCCAAAAAAAUUGUCCAUGCCAAAUGGGGUAACCAAUGUUGGUCAUGUUAACAACAAUAAUAACAACAACAAUUGCGCGAAUAAAACCCAGAACUCGAACAUUACAAGUAAAAUACAACAACAGCAAUCGCAAUUGCAUGCCACUGCAGGACGCCACUAAGCAGCAGCAGCAGUAGCUGCAACUAUUAUUUGUUAUAUUAUCUCAUAAUUGCAUGCAUGCCGCCGCAUUUCUCACAAUCAUCUUAUACUAUACAUAUUUACAUACCGAUAUUAUCAAUUUGUAUUUUUAAACUUCGCCCUUUUUUCUAUGCUGCCAACAUUAUUCCCUUUCACAAUUCAUCUUUGCUAUUUAAACAUUAUACACUACAUUUACAUUCCAUUUGCAUCAAUUUUAAUGAAUGAUCCUGAAGCGGCGCUAGUGCUGUCAGUUUCAUUUUUUAUGGCAUGUGUGCACAUUCUCUCUUACAUAUUAAUCACAUCUAAGCAAUCGACUAAAUAGAAAAAAAAAGAAGCCAUAAUUCAAAGACAAACAUAAUAGCCACGAAACUUUAAUCAAUUUUUAAAUGUGUAACAUAUAGCUAUUUACAAUCAUGUGCGGUUUUAUUAGCAUAAAUUUAUAGCUUAAAGUAGGCUUUACAAACAAAUA